AUGGGUUCAAUUCCUCCGCUUAUCGAUCCUCUAUCUUCUUCCCUACUCUGUUCUACAACCACUUCCGUCCCCGCCACCGCCUUCUUCCAUCGUCAUAUGUCGUGUCUAACCUCAUCUCCUCCAGUGCUCGACGCUAGGCUUCCUACUCCUUACCUCCUUACAGAUCCUCGCAGACCAUCGCUCAUCGUCGCUGCAUCUACCACUUUGAUGUCCAAUUAUGUGCAGGGUAUCGGAGCCACCAAAAAUGGGAAAGUAGCAGAUCCAGGCUUUCGAGGCCAUGCUCCAGCUAAGUUAGGAAAGAACCUCCGGGGUGAAGAAUCAGUUAUAUUAGUGGAAGACUUAAUGGCACCAGCUGUAAUAUAUGUAAAACAAGUGCUUGAUAUCGUAAGCAAGGAGAGUAAUAAGGGAAUAAAAGGAAUUGCACACACAAGGCUUGGUGCUCUUGUUUACAACGACUCUUUUUCGGUUCCCCGUGUUUCUAAAUGGAUCCAAAAGGCUGGAGGGAUUGAAGAUGGUGAAAUGAAGGGGACUUUUAGUAUGGGAAUUGGAAUGGUUUUGGUUGUUAGUAAAGAGGUUUCUGAUAGGGUAGUUAAAGAAUGUGAGAUGGUGUAUCAUAUUGGUGACGUCUUUUAA